AUGCUCUCUCAUGACGGCCUGAAGUCUCUCAACUCACUUGAUGGUUUCUGGCAUCAGAAUCGGACUGACUGCAUAGCCUCUGCUGACGCAGGGUGUGGAUUGUGCAAAUUGAUCCUAUUCGCCGUCUGCAGUGAGCAUGACGAGGAUUGGGCUCACGAGCAACGUCUUAUCUUUCGAAAUUCUCGAGUUCCGCGAUCUUUGUCCACUUUACCGAACAGUCAACAGACGGGAAUAUAUGGGCUUACAUGCAGUAUCGAAUCUGAGCCUACAAAACCCACCGUUACCAUCCAAGUAUUUGCUAAAAAGGACGAUGCCAUCGCAGAAAUUGUGCACCAGAGGCCUCUUCGCAGAAAUGUCGGAAGUAGCAAUGCAUUUGCCGCAGCGAGGGCUCUCAUCAAAAAAUGCAUGAAUCCCAAGAAUCCUCACAAGCAUUGUCAAUAUUCCCGAGAUAUCGUCCUUCCGCUACGAGUUCUCGAUGUUGGCCAGCCAGAAGACCUUCACCCAACAGUCAAAUUGAAGAUCAAUGAUAUGGACACCCGUGCCCAAUAUCUUGCGUUGAGCUAUUGCUGGGGAAAACAACCUGACAAUACACCGAAACCACUCCAAUUACUGAGAGAUAAUCUCAAGCAACUGGUUGCUGGUAUCAAAUUUGAGAGUCUUCAACAAUCCAUAAAAGAUGCCAUUUUUGCGACUCGCAAGCUCGGGUUCCGGUAUCUAUGGGUCGAUGCUCUUUGUAUCAUCCAAGACUGCUCUGCAGAUAAGGAAACGGAGAUUUCGCGCAUGUCAUCCAUCUACAAGAAUGCCUCCGUGACUAUCGCGGCAUCCUCGUCGGAAAAUGCGGCACAUGGAUUCUUAACCCAAAAGAUACGACCUUACUGUCCAGACUAUGAAGUCCGUAUUCCAAUGGCAAAUAAUGCGAUAGGCACGGUGUAUCUUUCAACAGGUCCAUACGAGCCUGAUCAUCCUUUAGACAAGAGAGGGUGGACGUUACAAGAGUUCAUGCUGUCAUCAAGAAUGUUGAUAUUCUCCGACUACGAACUUUUAUGGCAGUGCAAAGAAGUCGACCUUCGGAGUGUUUCUACGAGAGGGCUCGAGUAUCUCCAACCUUUGGAAAGUCUCCCAUGGACAGUUUUUGACAAUGGCGCUGAACCCUUCUUUGGACAUCUCGAAACUGAUAAACUUUAUCUCUGGAAGACCAUUGUUCAGCAGUACACAGAUCGCCAGCUGACAAAUGCUGAUGACAAACUGAAUGCAGUCAUGGGCAUAACCUCUGAGCUUGAAACACUAUGGCGUGAUAUAAACAUCUAUGGACUCUGGAAGAAAUGGUUCAUAGACCUUCUGGCUUGGUAUAAACCGGAUAUUGAAAGAGAAAAGGGACGAAGUCUUAAACGAGCGCCAAGUUGGUCAUGGGCAUCUCUGGAUGGUGUGGUCGCCUAUGAAGGCUCCAUCUCCACUGAAGAUGCUGUGGUCAAGUCCUUGACUGUGCAGACAGCAGUGUUGACAUGCCGUAUGCUGAAAAUAAAUGAAGUCAAUUAUGAAAAGGCCAACACAAUAGUAGAGGGCAUGGAUCUCGCCGAUCCUGGUGCAGAACUCCAAGAGAUGGGACUGACAUUUGACGAUCUGGAAUAUCUGUUGUUGGGGACAGUACAGAUAGGCGAGAAUACCAAGAAAGGCAAAGGAUUGCUUGUGGUUGAUGUUGGUAGGGGGCUUUAUCGGCGGAUUGGACUGGUCAACUUUGAGGAUAUGGGGAUAUGGGAAGGCGUCAGUCGGCGAGACAUUACAUUUGAAGCGAAGAUGAACAACUAG